CCAUUAGAGUGAAUAUGCGUAGGUUUUAGAAGAAGAAAGUUGACCACCAAAAAAUAGAACCAGUCAAAACCAAAAUGGCAACUAUGGAGGGCUCGUCGGAGCAGACUGUAUCGUGUAAUGCGGAAAGAUUAGUGCGUGUAGGUUAUUAUGAAUUCGAAAAGACAAUUGGGAAGGGUAAUUUCGCCGUGGUGAAGCUCGCAACACAUAAAGUAACACAGUCCAAGGUUGCCAUCAAAAUUAUCGACAAAAACAAAAUAGAUGCCGAUAAUUUGAGAAAAAUCCUCCGUGAAAUAGAUAUCUUGAAGAAGUUGAGACAUCCGUACAUCAUUCGACUGUACCAAGUGAUGGAAACAGAACGCAUGAUUUACCUUGUCACAGAAUACGCCAGUUGUGGUGAAUUAUUUGACUAUGUCGCGGCACAUGGUAAGAUGAGUGAAAGAGAAGCUCGGACAAAAUUCAUGCAAAUCGUGGCGGCUCUUCGAUAUUGUCACAAGCGUGGAAUUGUACACAGAGACCUCAAAGCAGAAAAUUUACUCUUAGACAAAGAAUUAAAUAUUAAACUUGCAGAUUUUGGUUUCAGUAACUUCUACACACCAGGAGUCCUCUUAUCAACGUGGUGUGGCUCUCCUCCUUACGCUGCCCCAGAGCUCUUUGAGGGUAAAGAAUAUGAUGGACCUAAAGCUGAUGUUUGGAGUUUAGGAGUCAUAUUGUUUGUGUUGGUGUGUGGAUACUUGCCUUUCGAUGCCAAAACCAUGCAGACGUUGAGAUCCAUUGUGGUAGCUGGCAAAUUUAGAAUACCAUACUUCAUGUCCUCAGAUUGUGAUAAUUUAAUUAGAAAGAUGCUACAAGUAGACCCCGAAAAGAGAAUAAGUAUAGAACGGAUAAUGCAACAUAGAUGGAUAGCAAUGGAAGGUAUAGAGCCAAAAAUUAAGGAAAUCCUCCAGCACUACAACAAAGAGGAGUCUUAUCUGCCUCCACCUGACAAUGGACAGGUGUUAGAGCACAUGAUGCACAUAAUACCUGACCUAGAUAGAGAAAAGAUCUUGCAGUGUGUGCAUGGGAUGAAGUUUGACCACAUUAGUGCCAUAUACCACCUCCUGGAAGAGCAGGUGGCAGAAGCUUCAUCAGCUUCAUCGUCACCCUCCAUCGCCCUUUACCCACAGGCCCUCCCAGUUGUACCCACACACCACAGAAAGUCAUCCAUUACCACUGGGUUCGUUGACAGAAGUCCAGUCUCCGACACGGAGGAAACCCCACGUGCUGUGCCUCUGUUCUCGUGUUCACCCAUCCCUCAAAAUCUGCCCGUACUCCAUGACCCAUACCAGACUUCUUACUCUUUGGAGAAGUAUGGUGACACUGACAUCAGUGGAGAGUCAGAUACAGAUGAGCCAAAUCAGCGGACAGUAGACAAGUACCUAUGUUCCAGAAGACACACUGUUGGCCCUGGAGACACACAUCACGAAGAGGAUAUAUACCGCCCAGCGUGCGGUCGUCUGCAGGGUGUUAAGGUGAUGGAAGCCCACAUGCGAGGUCAGCUUCAUUUGUUAGCUCCAGUGGGAAUGGGAGUGAUGAGUGGCUACCAGACUCCUCCCAUGUCCCUCCUCCCCCAGACCAACCUGCCACAGAAUCUUCCUCUUGUGAAAAACUUUCCACCACAAAAUUUCUCUAUCAAGGACCAACAUCUUCUCAAACCACCUCCUUUUAUGCAUGCUGCUGGUGGCUUGGGAAGACGAGCAUCAGAUGGUGGAGCCAACUUACAGAUGUUCUUUCAGCGUCAGUUGCCAGAAGGAGGCUGGAGUCAUCCAAACAGUCAAGAACAAAUUACACAGCUGGGUCUUGGUGCCAGCUGCCUAGGGGGUCACUCUCAGCCACUACCUCAGCAAGAUGAUGACCUUUUGGGCCACAGAGAUGACGAGAUCGACCCCAGCGAUGUUGCUCAGUAUAUGUCUGGCAGAGGAAGAAGCCAGAGAGCAACGUUACCACUGGUUUCGCCCAAAGACGUCCAAGAGCCACAGAGAAAGAUAACUCCUAACAGAGCAAGAAAAACUGGCUUGCCAAUGGUGACAGAGAGACCACCUGUAAUCAAUCCAGAAUUGAUCUUGGAAGCUGAGGAACGAAUGAAACGGGACUAUGUGACGUCUCACCUGCAAAACCUUUAUAAUAAUGCCUUGUUUAUGGGACCCCCGUUACCCUCGGGCAUCACAACGGGCAUUCCUCCAUCUUCGAGUGCAAACUAUCCUCUCAAAUCAGGCAUCGUAUCAGGCAUUCCCCAUCCUCAAUCCUCUAAAAGGCCUCCAUCCUCUACUCCUCACAGCCUCUCCAACCAUCCUUAUAUUGGGUACAGCUGUUGCUCUCCACCCCUUAAUUUGUCUUCCUCCUCAUCCUCAACCUAUGGGCCCCAAUCCUGCACUUCCUCUUCCACUUCCUGCACCUCGUCUUCCCACUCCUGUCCCUCCACAACCCCAGGAAUAGUCUCAGGUAUUCCACCCCAUAACAACAACAACAACAUCGUCAACAACAACAAUCCAUGGCCAAAACACAGAGAUCGAAAGAGAAAGACGGGUCUUCCCACAGUGCUGGAAAAUAACUGGCUUGUUUCGGCUCCGCAAGAAGCGACCGAAUGCACCACAGUGGGUCGAGACAACUAUAAGGAUUCCAUAUAUCUCACCUCUGAUCGGUACUCUCCAGGAAACACUGUACGACGCGCGUCAGACUCUGCCACCUUCAGCCUCUCUAACAUAAAUCAAGAAUUCCAACAACUUCAGAAGCACAGCGGAGUGACCGAUGCGGCCAUGCAGGCAGAACUUCAGCGGGGUCACUCUCUCCAUCGGAUGGGAGCCGCAUCUUCUCCAACGUCGUGCCCACACGGAGGGGGCUCACCUGUACCGGGGAUCAUGUCCCCCUGUCCACCAACAGCCAUGCUUGGGGGGUCCAUAGCUGGGGGUUCACCUUGCCGGUCCCCGCUCCCCCCGUCACCAAGCCCUCAUCACCAACAGAGCAUCCCCUUGAUCUCACCAACACCCUCUCCACCAGUUCCACCGACCACACCACCGUCAAUACCAAGUUCCCCGCUACACCACAGUGGGAGUAGCAUAGAGGGCACAGCACUCAGUUUGAGUCGACUGCACCUCCAUCCCCCAUCCUCACCUGCUGGUCUUCGUAGCCCAUCACAUCGCCAGUCACCUCCUCUGGUGUUGUCACCUCAGCCUGCAUCUCCAGUGUCUUUGUUAAGCCCAGGUGCACCCCUGUCACCGCCACCACCAGGCCUCAUACCACGGUCAGGGGCCUCGCCCCCACCACUUGGGUUGGAUAGUAUUCGAGAGGAACCUCCAAGAGGAUGCCACAUCUCUCAUCGUGUACCUCGGAACACGCACACAUUUACUCAAAACCCUCAGAUUUCCAUAACCGAUACGAGUGGGGAUCAGGUGAUUUUUGGGUCGUCGUCAGACUCUUCACCUGAUGUGUCAGAUGAUAUGGAUUCCUUGCCUUUUCAUUCACCUCCACCUUCAGACCACAUCCCUUUAUAUUCCAAGCAGUUAACAAAAGGCUUAAGUUUAGACUCUUCGCCAUUACCAUGUGUUGGCCAAUAUGACACACAAGGGCCAUCCAUAACGCGGGGAACAGCCGGUGGUUUUGCAUCACGAAGACCCACAACCACGGACAACAACAAUGUCCACAGAGUUCGCAAUGAACGAAACUUGGUGCGACAAAAUGCCAUCACAGGAACCCCACGGCACCAUAUGCUUAUUACUAAUGUGGAGUUCAGACAUAGCUUUCCUCCAUUACACAAUGGUGGAAUGGGUGAAAGUGACACAGAAAUGAUAGAUGUUAGUCCCUCGGGGGAUCGAUCACCCCUUAUGGAACGUGGAGUGAUAGAAUUGGAGUUGCCUAAAACUGGAAGUGGCUCUUUUUUACUGACCCUUCCAACAAAGUGGUCAGGUAUGGCACAACAAGAGUUGGUAGGAAGUAUAAUGCAUAUUCUUGAGAGGCGAGCUCCUUCUAUCAUCCGGGAGGGGGUUCGAGACUGUGGCCUCUCAAUAAGGGACCCAACUGGGGCCCAAGUGGACUUAGAGGUGCAUGAGGGAUCUGCGGCAGACUCCCGUGCCCUUAAGAUGCGCAGAGUGUCUGGGGAUGAGGACCAGUAUACGCAACUCUGCCAACAGCUAGUUGACUGUAUGAAAACCUAACAUUGACUGUAAUUUACUGUGUGUGAUGUGGAAGUGUUUGUGUAUGCGGAUACUUCAGAGUGGAGUGAGUGCAAUUGUCGACAAGUGUGUUGAAAUCAGGAAAUGGAAGCCCGAAGUAUUUGGUAAGGCUUGUUUUCCUAAUGACAACACCAAACACAGCCCCAUAAUGCAGUACUGUACUUGUUUUCCUGUUUACAAAACUGGACAUAAACCUUAUGGUGUCACUAUUUUAGGCUUCAACUUUCUGAUUGCAACACUUACUGACUUGUUUAUUUGUUGUAAUAGUAAAAUCCAUUUCUAAUCUCUCUAAAUAGACAGGAAAAUUUCAACCAGACUAGUAUUUCUUCUUUGUUAAUUAUUCUUUAUUUUUUCUUCUGUUGGUUAUUGAUUAUGAUUGCAUAAAUAGAAUGUUAAUCUUUUCAAAUUUUACAAAGGUACUCUCAUGCCUGUCUAUUUAGUAUCAUUUAUAAGUUAUGUUUGUGUAUGUAUGUUGUUACAUUAUAGAAAUGUAUUUCACAUUUAGAUGUUAAAAUAGUUAUUAAGGAUUUCUCAGUGUCUUUCAGGAUUUACAGCCAUCAUUUUCUUUUUAGAAUCUUAUUAACUGAAAAUGACAUUACUGAUCAGAGCAGAAGUAUCUGCAUUUUAAGUGCAUAUUAUAUCCAUUUAAUUCUCUACAAGUUGCCUUCUGGACUGCAUUCCAUUGUUGUGGUUAUUCUACUCUUUAUUCAGAUUUCUUGUAUAUCAAAUGCCAAAAGUAUGCAGGAAAUAUAAAGGCUUUGUGUCUGAAUUACCAUUUAAAAGUCCACAAAAUCUAAUCAUUGUCAGUCUUCACAGCGUGGAUAAUGUUGAAAUUCUGUUGUCACUUUGUUGAUAAAGAAUAUCAAGCGCUUAAAAGAUUUUGUGACAGCAGGUGGUGCUUCACUUGCAAGGUCUAAAUAUUCUUUAGGAAGUUGACACCAAUACUGGAUUUGGAUUUUCAAAUAUAUGUAUAUAUGAUUUUUCCCUCUGAUUGGGGAUAAGAGAACACGUCUAACUAGGUAAAGUUUCAGUGCAAUUUCAACACCAUUUUGAGCUGCCAUCUUUGUGCUGUAACUUAAGUGAGAUAAUUAAAUGGGGUCUUACACCACCACUCCUGGGAAAAGUUUAAUGUAAACAUGUGUUUGAGGCUCUGGCCCCAGUACUUUAUCUGGUAUGGGUUUGAUGUUACAGUGUAUUCAGUCUUCAUGAACCUGAGGCCAGUGUUCUACUUGAUGAAGUUCAGGCCUAGUGUUUGUUUAUUUAUUUAUUUAUUUUUUUUU